AUGAAUUCUCUGAAUUUUGGUUCAACUAUUGAAAUACCUUAAUUGAUAAUUACGGAGUUAAACAAAUUAAACAAGGAAGUAGUUGUACAUUCCAUAGUCACGAAGACGAAUAGCAGUGCACAAAAUUUAUAUUCCCAAUUAAAUCCGAAUCACAAUAUUCAAUUAAAUGGGUUAACUUUUAUGAAGACCGAAUAGUUUGUGAUUUUUGUGGUAUCAAUUGAGGAAUGUCAAAAGCAAAUUACAACUAUCUUACUAUUCUUAUAUGUGGUUUCCCAAUACAUGCAUUUUGUAGAAAAUGAAUAAGAUUCAAUAUUGAAAUUGUUUGAUCAAUUGCCCAUUUAAUCAAUACAGAAGUAGGCCCCUAAAGUAAGCAAACAAUAUUAGAGUUUAUUGAAACACUUCAACAUGUCUAAAAAGCAUUGUAAAUUGAGUGGAAAGCCGAAAAUGAUUGUCCGAUUUAAAAUGACAGGCAUCAUACUCCUGAAUCUCAUGUUGGAUUUUUGUGAGUAUGUGAAUUCAAAUAGAAAAAUUAAUGGCAAUUUGUUCGUAGGGGUCUUCAAUAGAGAAUGCUAUAGAUAAUAUGAGGACGUGAGGAAUAAGUACUAUCAAUAAGUGGUGAAAAUCCAAUCGGAUCAAAGGAUUUAGGAUAUGGCCACAUUGUUUCACAAUUUGGUGGAUAUUUAACAGGAUGUUUUGCUUAAGUUAUUGGAUAGUUCAGCCUGUUCAGAAAUGAAAUUGACUUUCGUUGAAUUCUUGUCAUAUUGUAAGGACAAUCAGAAGAAAAUAAUGGAGGACAAUAGUACGGAAAGUGAGAAAUAUUGCAAUGCCCUAUUGCAGUCAUAUUUGAAUCUAUUUAUAACUGAAUGCCAAAAUGUGGAGGAGGUAAUUUAAUAGAAGGAUAUCUUUAUCAAAUAAAAGUGGGCUUCGUUCGAGGAAAUCUUGGAUGGGUAUCUAAAAGAUGCCUAGGGACCAAACAAGCAUAUGAUCAACGAAUAGAUCACUAACAUCAUAUUUUAGGAGUGCGAUAAGUGGUUUGAAUCACUUAAUAGUCAUUACAUGUUUGAACUAAACAAGUCGAAAGCGCAACUUAUGCAAACAGUGGAGAACUAUUAAGAAUUGCAGAAUAGAUUGGCUGAAGUGGAAUCAAAGAAAUUUGAAUUAGAAGACAUGAAUUAAGGAUUGAUGUUUGAAUUGGAGAGUCAAAAGAGAGAAACUGAGAAGAUCACCAGAUUGAAGGAGUUGGCAGAAGAACUAUGUUAGAAUCAAUCCUAAGAAUUGAAGCUCAAGUUGAGUAAAUCAAAGGACAAAAACAAGAAGUAUAAGGAACAAUUAGAGAAGAUUCAGGAGGAUAACAGAAGAAUCAGUUAUGAGUUGAAUGAGAAGAAGAAGGAACAAAUCAACAUCUUAGUUAAAGUGCAGAACUUAGAGAAGGCAUUGGACUAAACCAUUUAGAAAUAGGAGCAGGAUAAGUUUGAGAAGGAACUCAUUUCCCUAAUCCAAUUGUUCAAAGAGAGAUUGGAAAUAGCUUCAAGGGACAGCAUAAGUAGUAAUUCACGAGCUUCUACGGAUCAGAGUUCAUUCAGAGUGUUGGAGAAAUUGCAAUAAAAAUACGACAAGGCUAAGGAGAAGUGCAGGUAAUUAGAAGAUGAAUUGUAAAAAACCAAGCAUCUAAAUGAGACUCUGUAGAAGAAGAAUUAGGAUAAUGAAUUCCAGAUUGAACAAAUGAAAAAUGAGUUAUCGACUAGAUUGAGCAAGGAGGAGGGAGACAAGUUGGUCAAGGAGUAAAAGCAGAGAGACGACGAUUUGUAUUCGGUUCUGAAGAGUCACAAAGCAACUAUAGAGAAAAUGAAUGAAUAACAUUCCCAAUUACAACAAUAGUUUUACGAGAAGUCAAUACAAUUCUCCAAUCUGGAAUUUUAAAGGGGCAACACUCUAACCAUUUUGAGAGAAGCAUUGAAGUUUUAAAUGAAAAUCAAGAAUAAUACUUUGGUUUCAAUAUUGAAAUCUAUGCCUCCAGAACAAUCGUAGGAAAUUAAGGAAAUAUUGCAUUCUGUUGGUUUGAAAUUAUGA